CCGAAGUGCAGUUUCAAAAACAAAAACCUCUAUUGCUAAAAAUGGACUGGUUUUCUUUAAACAGUAGACGUUUGACGUUUCGAUGUUUGAAGUCAUUUCGAGGUUAGAAGACGGUCGCUUUUGUGUCUUAUUUGAAUGUAUGUCACCCUAUGAACGUUGAUGAACCCAGCGUUUCUUGACGAUGGCCACAUUAGUGGCUUAUGAGGAUUCCGAGUCCGAGGAUGAUGCUCUGGAUCAGAGAGAAGGAGCUGGAUCACAGCAAGAAACAAUGGAAUAUAAUUUAUUGGCAUCGACGCCGAAGCCAGAUAGUGCAAUGUUGGCAUGCCCCCUGAAUGUCUCCGGAAAAGACAGCGCUUCUUCACAAAAACAGACCUCUUCUCUGUGUACAACUGGUACGCUUCAGGAAAUGUCUAUCCUGCUUCCAUGCAACGCACCACGUUUCUCUGAUAAGCCCAAAAGACCCUGCACUGCCCCGCCCGGUGUCCGACCCUACAUUCCCAAAAGGCAAAGACUUCUCACUUCUUCCAUAGAAGAAGAGGAGAAUCUAACUGGGGGAGUUCACUACAAAAAUGUCCAAAUUCUCUCAUCAGUGUCUCAGAAAGUGAAGCUGCAUCUUGCUCAGAUGCCUACUCCUGCUGCUGCUGCUGGGAUACCCAAGAAGCUUCUUUUGAGGCUUCAAGGCCACCACGGCCCGGUCAACACACUGCAAUGGUGUCCAAUUCCUCAAAGAAGUCAUCUACUGCUGUCUGGCUCCAUGGACAAGACCUUUAAGGUGUGGGACGCAACCGAGAGUGGACGAUGCCUGAGGGUUUACACCUGCCACUCGGAAGCUGUGCGAGAUGCACGAUGGAGUCCCUGCGGGCGGCGACUUCUUACCGGGUCGUUUGACAACACAGCUGUGGUUACCGACGUGGAGACUGGCCAUGCCAUCGUCAAAGCGGACAACCGGUUCAAGUUGAUGUGUGCAGUCUCGCAUCCCGCAAACCCGGAGGUGUUUCUCUGCGGAGGUUACAGUUCGAUGGUCAAUGCCUGGGACUCUCGCUGCUGCAAGGUGGUCAAAGUGUACAAAGCAGCGAUCCAGCAGACGUUAGAUAUUCUCUUUCUGAGAGGCGGCCUCGACGUCAUCACAAGCUCCGACUGUGUCAGCAGGGACUCUGCAGACCGCACACUGAUUGCCUGGGACUUCCACACCGCGGCCAAGGUCUCCAACCAGAUCUACCACGAGCGCUACACAUGUCCCAGCCUGGCUCUCCACCCAAAGGAGGAUUGCUUUGUAGCCCAGACAAACGGUGACUACGUGGCCGUGUUCUCGUCCCAGCGGCCCUAUAGGAUGAACAAGAGGCGACGUUUCGAAGGACACAAGGUCGAGGGAUAUGCGGUGCAGUGCGAGUUCUCUCAGGACGGCGCUAUUUUAGCUUCUGGCAGCUCCACCGGCUCAGCCCACUUCUACGACUACAACAACGCUCGGCCGCUCUACUCCCUGCAAGCGCACGGCCAGCCGUGCCUGCGCGUGUCCCAGCAUCCCGUCCUGCCGGCCACCGCCGCCACUUGUGACUGGGCCGGUGAGAUUAAGGUCUGGCACUGAGGAUCGUGACAAAAAAGGAACUUAAAUGUCGAGGUGGCGAAGUUUAGGAGUGUAACUGGAUCUCCGGGGCACACAAAAACGGCAUCAGCACUCCUCCAAGUCACUAUAUUUAAAAGCAAAAUUCUCUUUGUGUCUUGAUGUGUCUUUGUUCUCAGCAGUUCUGAUGUGACAUUUCCCUCAACAUCUCAGCCCAGGCGAGACUAAAGUAAAAACGAAUCGCUCACAUCUGUCAGCGCUUGUCAGCUUUGUCCAAAAAAAAAUUCCGCCCGUCAAGAAAAGAAUAACGACAUGCAUGCGCUUGUGAUCCUUAUCUUUGAAUUGAAGAGUCCUUAAAAUGCACAUUUCAAUACAGAAUGCAACCUUCUA